UCCUUGCUGAAGUUACCAAUCAACAAGACCUGUUAAACUCUCCUAUAAAAACAACCAACAAGGUACAUAUCAAACCAUCAAUUGCCAGAAAGAUCCUUAGAUAUCUCCACAUUCAGCAGAUAAUCCCUUCUCUAUCUCUCUUCCCGAAAACCAACCAAUGGCUAGCUCCGCGUUUCUCAAGUUAGCUUGUGCAGUCUUAAUGUGCAUGGUGGUAAUAGCACCUCAUGCAGAGGCAGCUUUGACCUGUAGCACAGUGACCAAAGAUAUUGCACAAUGCAUUUCCUACUUAAAGGGCGGCGACAGCCCAUCAGAUGCUUGCUGCAGUGGGGUUAAGACCCUAAAGAGCUUGGCUUCCACCCCAGAAGACAAGAAAACUGCUUGCAACUGUCUGAAAACAGCAGCUGCCUCCGUGUCUGGUCUUGACGCAACGAAGGCAGCAGCUCUUCCAGGCAAAUGUGGCGUCAGCAUUCCUUAUUCCAUUAGCCCCCAGACUGACUGCUCUAAGGUGAACUAGAAGGAUGAUAUUCCAGCUAAAGUUAUCAACAUUACCUACCUAUUGGCUAAGAAGCUUGAAAAAAAAAGAGAUGGAGUUCUAUCUUGAUCUACAUGUCCAUUUAUUUUUAUGUUUAAUGCAGUACUUUACAUUAUACUUAUAAUUAUCAUUGUUGCCUAUAAACUAUUUACUUAUUAUAAAUGAGAAUAUUGUGCACCCCAUUUCUACA